AGAAAUGGUAUCAGAACCACGUUGUGAUGCGAUAAGUUGGAUACAUAUAUACAUGUAUUGCAAGAGCUGGCUUGGAAACUCGCACCUGUGACCAUCCUCUACAACUGUCUAUUCAAACGAUAUGGACUUCACUGAAUGGAAGCUGGAACUUCUCGCGGACGGGACCAAAAGAUGGAGACAACGGCUUGUACGAAUUGUUGAGGGCGAGGGCAAGGCAGGCCGUAAGGCUUCAUCCGAGGUGGAACCCGAGGCGAAACCAGUAGCGACAAGAACUCUGCCGCAGCUUCCGAUCGAGGUGUGGGAAAAUGUGAUCGACCAUCUGUGGAACCACCGGUUCGCUUUGAGGCCGUGCAGUCUCGUCUGUCGAGCAUGGAACCCUCCGAGUUGCUUCCACUUGCACAGGCCGAUCGAGAUCUAUAGUGUCAAGGGUGUGAUGGCAGGCCCGAGCUGUCGAAGCGGGCGCACGAUAUGUCCAUAUCGGGUCUCCCGUUCUGCAGGCCAGAGUCAUCUCGGCUAGAUCUGUCAGCGCUGUCGACGGCGGUGAUCAUGCUCGCUCACAAGCUGCCUCGGCUGGAGACGCUCGCAAUCCGGUGGUCAGAGUGGAAGCCCGGGAUGAUGCACAGCGACAUCUUCCUGCUCCUCCCC